AUGGGGCUGGCGGGGCUACGAGUGGUGGGCUGGAGAACCGGCUGGGCACUUAGUGCGGCGGCUGCCCUCGAGUCUGCAGCACCCGUGAGCGCGAGACGGCAGCCCCGCGCCGCAGGAAGGUGGACAGCUGGGAGAACACGCAGUUUCAGCAGAGUCGCUGCAGCCAUGGCCCCGAUCAAGGUGGGAGACACCCUCCCCUCGGUGGUGGUGUUUGAAGGUGAGCCUGGAAAGAAGGUGAACCUGGCGGAGCUGUUCAAGGGCAAGAAGGGGGUGCUGUUCGGCGUUCCUGGAGCCUUUACUCCUGGCUGCUCCAAGUCCCACCUGCCAGGGUUUGUGGAGCAGGCCGAGGCACUGAAGGCGAAGGGAGCCCAGGUGGUGGCCUGCCUGAGUGUCAACGACGUCUUUGUGACUAACGAAUGGGGGAAGGCCCACCACGCAGAAGGCAAGGUUCGACUCUUGGCUGACCCCACUGGAGCCUUUGGGAAGGAGACGGAUUUGCUCUUAGAUGAUUCAUUGGUGUCUCUCUUUGGGAACCGAAGACUCAAGAGGUUCUCCAUGGUGAUCGACGAUGGUGUGGUGAAGACCCUGAACGUGGAGCCGGAUGGCACAGGCCUGACCUGCAGCCUGGCUCCCAACAUCCUCUCGCAGCUCUGA